UGUUUUGUGAAACCACACAAAAUCACACAAGUCAAGACAAGGCACCCAGUCAGACAGAGGGCGGAAGGUGUGUCUGCGUCGGGCAAGAGAUUCACGUGUUGAACAGUACGUUACACAUCCAACAACCUCGCUCUCUGGAACCACUGGCAAACUUAAAAGCCGCAGAAAUAUCAUGAAAAAGGCGUGGCUUCUGGUAGCUGUUCUGGUCCACUGCGUGGGACUAAGAGGAACUGUGGGGUCAUCCAAGGAGUGCCAGCCCCAGCCCACCUGCACAGAGUGCUUGAGGAGCCCAGGCUGUGCUUGGUGCAAACAGAAGGUCUUCCUGAUGCCUGGGGAACCAAAUGAGCGAAGAUGUGCUACAGCAAAAGCUCUUAAGGAAAAGGAUUGUAAAGAGGAGCAUGUGAUUGACCCCAAGCCCCAUAAGGACCCCAUGAAAGACAACAACCUCCGAAAUGACCCACACAAUGUUGUACAGCUGCGACCACAAAACCUCCAUCUCAAGUUGCGGAUCGGUGUCCCCCAGACCUUUGAAGUGAUGUUCAAACGGGCAGAGGGCUACCCCAUUGACCUGUAUUACCUGAUGGACUUGUCUUAUUCCAUGAAAGACGAUCUGGAGAAAAUAAAGAAUCUGGGACAGGAGAUUCUCAGCAACCUAACGCGUGUUACAAACUCAGUUAGGAUUGGCUUUGGCUCCUUUGUGGACAAGGAAGCCAUGCCAUACGUCAGUCAAGUAAAGGCCAAGCUGGCUAACCCCUGCCCCAGCCGCCUGGACACCUGCCAACCUGCCUUCAGCUUCAAGAAUGUGCUACCCCUCACAAGUGAUGCCGCAGAGUUUAAAGAUCGCGUCAGCAACCAGAAGAUCUCAGGCAACCUGGACUCCCCAGAGGGUGGCUUUGACGCUAUGAUGCAGGCAGCUGUGUGUCAGGAAUAUAUUGGCUGGAACAAUGACACACGCAUCCUAGUUUACACCUCUGAUGACACCUUCCACAUGGCUGGAGAUGGCAGGCUGGCUGGAAUCUACCAGCCUAACGAUGGGAAAUGUCACCUUAACAGCGAAGGGUAUUAUGAACAAGGCACCACAUAUGACUACCCUUCUGUUGGCCAUCUGUCUAAGGUUCUGUCAGCCAACAACAUUCAGCUCAUCUUUGCUGUCACAGAGAGGAGCAUUCCCAGCUAUCAGGCACUGAGUAAGCUCAUCCCCCAGUCAGUAGUGGGUGUACUGAAGGAUGACUCCAGCAACGUGGUCCAACUCAUCUCGGAGGCCUAUGGGAAUUUAUCAUCCACCAUCUUACUGGAACACCAGCACGCUCCUCCAGAGCUGGAAAUUUCCUACCAAUCGCACUGCAGCAUUGGAGUUCACUCCCAGUGGCGGAAGAGGGGCGAGUGCAGCAAUGUCAAGAUCAACCAGCAGGUGAAUUUCACUGUGAGUCUGAACAUCUCCUCUUGCCUGGCGAAGUCUGAGACAUUCGUCAUCAAACCUCAAGGUAUCAGCGAGGAGCUGAAGAUCACAGUGGAGACACUAUGCGAUUGCAACUGCAAGGACCAGGAGGAGAGGUCGCCUCAUUGCAAUGCGAGUGGCACCCUCAGCUGCGGCAUCUGCAGCUGUGAUGAGGGACAUCUGGGGCAGAGGUGUGAGUGUGAAAAGCAGCUUGCUGGAGACACCAUGCUGGCUGUGGAGGCACUGUGCUGGGAGACCAACACCUCCCAGCUGUGCAGCGGUCAAGGGAACUGUGAAUGUGGGCACUGUGUAUGCCGAGGCAACCACAGGGGCCAGUUCUGCGAGUGCGAUGACACCAGCUGCCCUCGCUACAACAACGAGCUGUGUGCUGGCAAAGGAACAUGUAAGUGCGGCGUGUGUGAGUGUCACUCAAACUACACAGGCCAGGAUUGUCAGUGCUCCAGCCUCACAGAUGGGUGCGAGGCAAAAUCCAGAAAGAUCUGUAGUGGACAUGGAGAGUGUAAAUGUAACAAAUGUAACUGUCACCCGGAUUUCUAUGGAGCACACUGUUCCAUGAUUAAGCCUAACUGCCAGAAAUACCAGGCCUGUGUCCUGUGCGCAAUAAAUGGAAGCUGCAGUGAAGAAUGUGACUCUGUAAAAGUUGAAAAAUUACCUGACCUCAAAAAUUACACCUGUCAACAUCCCAAAGUCCAUUUCAAAAUCGAUCUUGACACAAACAGCGACAUCACGAUCCUCUACACUGAUCCCCCAGGCCCUACUGACAAGACCCCGGUGAUUGCUGGUAGUGCUGUAUCUGGUAUUGUGUUCAUCGGCAUCGCUGUGAUUAUUGUCUACCGCCUACUGCUGGAGAUGUACUACCGCAGAGAGUACCACAACUUCAUUAAGGAACAGAGCAAUGCCAAAUGGGAUGAAACUCCAAAUCCACUGUUUAAAGGUGCUACGACCACAGUCUACAACCCCAUGCAUGUUCAAGAAUGAGACCCAGUCACCCGCUGCUGUCUGUUUUUAGAUCUCUAACCAUUGGGAUAGUCAUGUAAACAUAAUGGGGUGUAUGCAUAAAGGUUAAUCACGAUGAAACAGAUGACUGAAAUGCAGAUGCUAUUUUAAUAAACAUUUUUUAGUGGGAGAAUGUCUGGCCAUUUUGGUAUUUGUCAAAGACAGUAACCCCAGCAAAAACAUCAUGAUCUGCAUGCAAUUAAAUCAGAAAUAAUUUAUUUUUCAUGAAUAAAGUAAACAAUGAUCAUCAAGUAAUCAAUUAUCUG